AUGAAAAAUGAAAAAAUGAAAGAAGCUUUAACAAAACAAAAUAANAUUAAAAUUUAAAAAAGAAUGAAUCUCUUUCAAGAUAUGCUCAUUGAAUUAGGAAGCAAUUUGUUUUAAGUAAUUCAAUUAGAAUAAAUCUCUGAUGGAAUUCAACUUGAACUCCUAGUUCUUGAAGGACCUAACUCUGAAGAAUAAAUUACUUUUCAUCUUGACUAAGACAAAACAUCAGUCACUCUUGGUAGAAAAACUAAUGCUGAUAUUGCUUUUCCUGAAGAUCAUCAUCUCUCUAAUUUACAUGCUAAAUUCUAUUUAGUUGACAAGAAUGUUACAAUUGAAGAUCAUUCAUCCACUAAUGGGUAUAUAUUGUAUCUAUUAAAGCACUUGGCUAAGAUUAUCUCCAGAUGGAUAAUCAAGUUCUAUUUAUCCAAUCACCUUAGAUGAUGAAAUUACUAUCAUCAGAAUUGGAACUGUUAAUUAAUAUCUUUGCCAGUUAGACAAAUUCAGUAUUAAUUAUAAUGAAUACAACUUUUGUACAUUAUGUCGUGAAAAUGAACGAGAUGCACUUUUCCUUCCUUGUAAACAUAAUUCUACUUGUUUCAAAUGUUGUAAAAAUUUGUAAUUAUGUCCUAUUUGCCAAAUGAAGAUCUCUUAGCAAAUUAGAAUUUACAAAAAUUGA